AUGGGAGUCUUUGGGUGGAGAGAAUACUACCGUGAGUACUCUAAUAUUUAUGGAUAUUAAUCUGAAAAAUGCCCAGAUUUGCAUGUUUAAAAGGCUAGUCUGCAUCCAUACUAGUGCGUCUGUAAUUUUAAAGGUGUAAUUUUAGCUUAUGCUGUCAUUUGUAAGGAUGUGGCAGAUGUAGUUGUAAAAACGGAAUUGAAUGGGACUCAACAUUUAUGCCAUCCCAGAUUCCAACCCUGGGGAGCUGGGACUCCAACAAGGGAUAAUACUACACUUCAUUGUGGAUUUGUUGACGGUGAUCAGUUAGUGAUGGAGAUGCUAUCAGAUGGAAAUUACAAAUAUUAUUGCAAAUGUAUGUAUCUGUUAGUAUUAGAUUAGCAUUGACAGAUGAAAAAAAUAGUCGAUGCUUGAUAACUGCCUAUUAAUAAGGCGUUUAUAGUUGCCAAUUUUGCAAGCCUCCUUACUUUGGACUAGAUUGUAAAAAUGUUCUUCGGUAUUUUGAUUAACGUUAUACAAAUCCACUCCGACGUAUAAAUCAUAUUUAUUUAAGCAUGCUUCGGAAAUUGUUUGGAAUGUGAUGAAGGUAGUUAAACUUGUACUAAAUGCGUUCUCGGAAUGGAUAACAUAGAUUCUAACGAUAGAACAUGUUCACUAGGUAUAUCAUAGUUUUAACUUUUAUAGAUUGUUUAGGAUUUACAAGUUGCUCUAUAGUUUCUUUAACAUUUCAGAAUAGUACUAUUUGCAGGCAGGGCACUACGCUCAGAGGAGACCGUUGUGUUUGUAUAUUUUCAAUAAUAGUUUAUAGAAUGUCCGACUGGUUGUUUAGCUUGUACUUAAGAUACUCAGGAUAUGUUUAAAUAGAAGUGUGAUACCUGUGAUCCUAAUUAUAUUCGACAAUUAGUGAGCAGCACCGAUCCUAAUAUGUACUCUUGCUAUCGAUUAUUGAAUUGUCUUAGUAUAAGAUAAUAAUUGAUGAGUCAAACAAUAUCAUCUAGUGGAGAGUAUGUGUAUAAUAUACGAUGCACAAUAUGCGAUCCAGGAUUUAUUUAUGAUACUACUAGCUAAACAUGCAUAUGUAAUAAUUAAUAAAAAUAUAUCUUUAGGGACCGCAUUUAAGAAAGAAGCCUGCUUCCUUUUAGAUCUUUAAGGGAUUAAUUGUGUCUCCUGUUAUCCGUGGUUUGGUUUGCAAUCUGAUGGCUCAUGCAAACAAAUGAGUUGCAAUCCUAAUUGUUAUACAUGUUCGGAUAAAAAUCCAGAUAUUUGUAUUACUUGUGAUGGCUUUAAUAAUAAAAUACUUUCUAAUGAUAUUUGCAUAUGUAAGCCGAAUUAUGGUCUUAAAAUUGAUGAGUGUGUAAAGUGUUCUGAGGGUUAUUGUUCAGAUUGNAUACUACCGUGAGUACUCUAAUAUUUAUGGAUAUUAAUCUGAAAAAUGCCCAGAUUUGCAUGUUUAAAAGGCUAGUCUGCAUCCAUACUAGUGCGUCUGUAAUUUUAAAGGUGUAAUUUUAGCUUAUGCUGUCAUUUGUAAGGAUGUGGCAGAUGUAGUUGUAAAAACGGAAUUGAAUGGGACUCAACAUUUAUGCCAUCCCAGAUUCCAACCCUGGGGAGCUGGGACUCCAACAAGGGAUAAUACUACACUUCAUUGUGGAUUUGUUGACGGUGAUCAGUUAGUGAUGGAGAUGCUAUCAGAUGGAAAUUACAAAUAUUAUUGCAAAUGUAUGUAUCUGUUAGUAUUAGAUUAGCAUUGACAGAUGAAAAAAAUAGUCGAUGCUUGAUAACUGCCUAUUAAUAAGGCGUUUAUAGUUGCCAAUUUUGCAAGCCUCCUUACUUUGGACUAGAUUGUAAAAAUGUUCUUCGGUAUUUUGAUUAACGUUAUACAAAUCCACUCCGACGUAUAAAUCAUAUUUAUUUAAGCAUGCUUCGGAAAUUGUUUGGAAUGUGAUGAAGGUAGUUAAACUUGUACUAAAUGCGUUCUCGGAAUGGAUAACAUAGAUUCUAACGAUAGAACAUGUUCACUAGGUAUAUCAUAGUUUUAACUUUUAUAGAUUGUUUAGGAUUUACAAGUUGCUCUAUAGUUUCUUUAACAUUUCAGAAUAGUACUAUUUGCAGGCAGGGCACUACGCUCAGAGGAGACCGUUGUGUUUGUAUAUUUUCAAUAAUAGUUUAUAGAAUGUCCGACUGGUUGUUUAGCUUGUACUUAAGAUACUCAGGAUAUGUUUAAAUAGAAGUGUGAUACCUGUGAUCCUAAUUAUAUUCGACAAUUAGUGAGCAGCACCGAUCCUAAUAUGUACUCUUGCUAUCGAUUAUUGAAUUGUCUUAGUAUAAGAUAAUAAUUGAUGAGUCAAACAAUAUCAUCUAGUGGAGAGUAUGUGUAUAAUAUACGAUGCACAAUAUGCGAUCCAGGAUUUAUUUAUGAUACUACUAGCUAAACAUGCAUAUGUAAUAAUUAAUAAAAAUAUAUCUUUAGGGACCGCAUUUAAGAAAGAAGCCUGCUUCCUUUUAGAUCUUUAAGGGAUUAAUUGUGUCUCCUGUUAUCCGUGGUUUGGUUUGCAAUCUGAUGGCUCAUGCAAACAAAUGA